UAAGCUCAUGCACGUCAUGGCAGCCGAGUUCAUUGGUUUGCCAUGCUAGCCUGGUAGCUAGCAGAGUUUCUGAAGGAGUUUGAAUGAAAGUGUGUCGGGUAUUUGUUUGUUUGUUUGUUUGUUUGUUUGUUUGUUUGUUUUUCUGCGUAGGCGUUUUUUUUUAAUGUUGCAUUGCAGUUCAUCGGUUUCGACAUAAUGUUUGUAAGUAGAAAAUUGUUGAAACUCGUGGUGUUUGUCGGAGUGUUGGUGUUAGUCAUACAGUACUUACAGUACUGGUUAGCCAGUAAACAGUAUGUAUUUACAAAAGAGGACGUCGCCAAACUGGCCAAGCAGUACUCAGGUCAGGAUCAUGAGCAGGCCUUCUCUAAAGUAGUGGUGGAGUUGCGGAAACGCUACCCGGGCCACAUCCUGCCUGACGAGGACCUGCAGUGGGUGUUUGUAAAUGCCGGGGGUUGGAUGGGCUCCAUGUGUUUGCUCCACGCAUCCCUCACAGAGUACGUGCUGCUCUUCGGGACCGCUGUUGACACAAGCGGACACUCUGGUCGAUAUUGGGCUGAGAUAUCAGACACUGUAAUUUCCGGGACGUUCAGGCAAUGGAAAGAAGGAUCAACUAAAAGCGAGACUUACUACCCAGGUGACACAAUCGUGCACUCGGUGGGCGAGGCGACCUCAGUGCAGUGGACCUCGGGGACCUGGAUGGUGGAAUACGGCAGAGGAUUCAUUCCAUCCACGCUGGGAUUUGCGCUAGCAGAUACUGUGUUCAGCACACAGGACUUUCUAACACUCUUCUACACCUUCCGUGUGUACAUGAAGUGUCUGCUACUGGAGGCCAACACUUUCCUGUCUGAAGCUGGUGUCUUCUAAAGACCACAGUGAUCUCUGGUGCCAUAGUACUGCUUCAGUGCCAUCCUGUACCAGACUAACAUGCAAGAGAACAGACAAUCUGAGCUUAUGGACUGGACUUUCUCAGGCAAAUUCUGAAAGCCUGCAGAGAAAAUUGAGAUGGUUUCUCAUAACACAAACGACAUCUAGAAUAUCUGAUUAUCCUAUGGUGAGGGGAGGAAAAGUCAUUGUACAUUGGCAGAUGUUAAAAUCCAUCCGACGUAGGAACAAGGAAUUGUUCAUUACUUCCGAUACCUCACUGAGCACCUUAGACUGUGAAGAUCUCAUUCAUGUUGCUGCAGGAAUUCCUGUCACCAGAAUGUUGUGUGAAUUGUUUAUUGCAAUCGUUUCUGUCCAAACGUUCUCCACAAUAAAACUUUGUACUGUUCUGUGCUCUUACUUA